AUGCUCAAGGCAGCCCUCCUCCUGGCCAUCCUGGCCAUCCUCUCCGUCGCCGCCACCGCCGCCCCGAUGGACCAGCUCCUCCUCGCCGAGGAGGAGCUCAGCGCCCUGGUCGACUCGGCCUCCCACCCCUGCAUCCGGCCGCUGCAGGACUUCGCCCAGCAAAUUUCCGGCAGCCGGCGCUGCGACCGCAGCGCCCUCAACUCGGCCGCCAGCUACGGCAAGUGCACGGUCGAGAAGGCCAACAAAUUCGACGGCAAGACCAUCAAGGAUCUGACCACCGCCUUCGAGGACUGCUCCACCAUGGUCACCAAGCACCGCGACUGGUGCCGCAAGCACGAGCCCGACUCCCAGGCCGCCAAGGCCGACCUCUCCAACUACAAGUGCCCCACUCGCUACCAGACCGAGUCCAAGAACAAGAGCUUCCCCAAGAAGGGCUGCGACAACAUGGCCCUCGACAAGCUGGACGCCCGCUUCCGCAAGCACUGCAUCCAGGGCGGCUUCGCCGGGGUGACCCUCGACUCGCUGUGCAACAAGAAGAAGUGCAUCGACACCCUUGUGGCCAUCCACGAGUGCACCAUGGACCGCUACUCCUCCCCGCACUCGGUUUGCCAGCUCCUCCACAACACCUACUCCUUCGAGGUCUUCUGCCCGCAGGACACCGCCGGCCACAAGGCCUUCUCCAAGAUCGACUGCGAGCCGCAGUACGCCUGGGACGAGGACAAGGACUUCGUCAAGAUCGAGAAGUAGCCGGGCGUCCUGGCGCUGCUGGCCGCUGUGCUCCGAAAGGGAGACAAACAAAAUACACCAAUCCACACAUAUACACGCCUGCUGGCCGGUGUGCACACGCGCG